CACGCUCAGAGAACAGCGUUUAAAGUCUAACGCAAGGCGCAGAACAUCCAUACCGAACCUCAGAAUACGCUACGUUGAUCGAACAAUACAAUAACUUGAUAUGACUGCAGAUAGACCAAGGCGAGCAAGAGCCGGAAGAAACCAACAAAAACUUCAAAGAUUGCCGUCGGUGUCCUCCGAUGACGAUAGUUCUGACGAAAAUUCAGUAACUCGAUGCAUUUGCCACAAAAUCCCCUCUCUUGUUGUAGAUAAUGAUGGAAUGAUGGUGCAGUGUGAUAAUUGCAACGUAUGGCAGCACUGCCCCUGCGUAGGUCUGGAAGGUAUCUCUGAAGACGAAAUGCCCGAUCAGUACUAUUGUGAAGAAUGCAAGCCUGAAAAUCACGUUAUGGUAGAUUCAUAUGGAAGGUACCGUCGAGUAUAUGAUCCCAAAGGUCUUAUACAACAAAGUCAAAGAGCGCAUAAGAAGAGAACCACGAUGAAUAGUGCUGAUGCAACAGACUCUAUUCCCGAACUUUACCAAAUACUCGCGUCAGAUAAUAACGGCCAUCCACCUGAAUCUAUUAGCCCUUCCAUGACUUCGGAUACCAUAACAGCCACCACAGCUGCUACUAACAGCACCAGCACUACCUUAGACAUUGAUGAUACCAUUGGCCCUAGGUUCUCAAAGCGCCGACGAAGCACCACCAGUACCAGCGAUACCUCUCGAUCAGCUCAAGCCACUAAACGGGACCUUUUGGUGAAGCCAUCGCGGUCGACUUCUCCAACCGCGCUCAAGCAAAACGUGGAUCAAGAAAACAAGACAAACGGUCGUGGAACCAAGCGUCGAACGGUAUCAGAUAGAUCUGCAAAAUUGCGUGCCAGCGCAAGCCCUCAAAUAGCAUUCAAGGAAUUACCGGAUGGCAUCAAUACCAGACGAAGAGGAGGUAAUCUCGACAUAAGGCAAAAAUCAAGUGAAGCAGGAGAGGUACAAGAUAUGGAAGGCGAAGAUGAACAGGAGAAUGAAGCGCAAAACGGACAUACCAUUACUAGACGACGGGGGGCUGCGGCAGCUAACAGUCGCACCAAGAAGCUCAGCAAUGAACCUCGGCGGCGAGGGAAAGCAGUAGCUGCAAGCCCACUUUCUCCCAAUCUUGACCGACAUGUUCCUAGCAAACAUAGUCCGUUAAUCACACAUAAGGAAGAUAUGGACACAAAGAUUCGUGCUCCUCUAUCGCCUUAUGAAGAACGUCUUUCUGAUACCGAAAGCCCUCGCAUGCGUGCCAAAACACCUCCAACAAAGAUACGCUACCCAUCCAAUAAGAUGUCCCUUGGCGACAUGGAUAAACGUGCGUCUCAAAUUCUGAGAUACAUCAACCGUAUGCAACUGACAAUGACCAAGAAGCAACGCUCUGGGUAUCAUCGACAAGAUGCGCAUGCACAAAUUGAUCCAGUGUUGAUAUCUAAACCCUUGACGGAGAAUUGUAGUAACGGAAAUAUCAAUGGUAACAACAAACUGGUGGGUGAACUAGAGGUAGCGUCUGGUAACGCGCCAGCCAUAGUGUUGCAGCGAUCCUUGUCCAUUAGUUCCAUGGCUUCAUCGCUCAGCAGUGCAUCAACUAUACCACUCAAUGAAGAUGACGGUAAAUCGACGAAAGGAGAGGAAGAGGAAAAGUGUUGCAUUCCAGCACCAGAACAUGCCACAGCACUUGAAAUCAUGGAUAGGCUGGCUUGCGAACUGGUAAAAUUUCAAACUCGAUUUGGUCCUCAAAAGAGCCACACCCACUCAGAACAAGGUCGACAUAACCACCAACCAGACGAUCGAUUGCCUGUACGCAGUGUAUGAAUCCACUGAAACUCGCUCGCCCAGUCAUAUACACCUCUCAUCCUGACAUCGUAUACCCUCGUCCCUUCUUUAUACACCUCCCCAUUCACGCGCUAAAAUCUUUUUUGAUCACCCAACGCAAUCCAC